AGUGGCCUCUCUCUUUAUUUUUCCGCUUACAACUUUUCACUGUCAUCUACACCAUUGUGUGAAGAUGAUGCCGAGUAAACCGGAUCCGCGAGGGGUUCUCGGUGUACUUCUCCUGGUCUCACGCGCUCUGGCCCACGGCGGCCAUGAAAACGUCCCCGAAGGUUCCGCUAUCUCGGGAGAUCCCAUUGAUUCAACAUUAUGGGUGCACAUGAUUUUGAUGGGUUUGGCCUUUGGCAUCAUCUUCCCGCUGGGAAUGGUUCUAGGAGUUAUACGCUCACGGUGGCACGUCCCUUUACAAAUAGUCGGAACAAUCAUCGCAGUUGUAGCCUAUUUCCUGGGUCAUGCUCAUAAGGGCCGUCAAUUUUCAAAAAAUGUCCACGCCUCGUUCGCAAACGUCUUAAUGCUCAUGAUGUUAGUGCAGGUUGUUAUUGGCUUCUACCUCAAACUGCACCUUUCCAAAGGAAUUCAUGGGCGCAUUCGCCGGUUUAUUGUCAUGGCGCACGGUAUUGUUGGUAAGGCGAUGCCAGUUGUUAGUUGGGCUCAGAUGCUGUUCGGCGGCAUAACCUCGCUGGGUUUCUGUCGGGAUGAUCAUCUGGGACAGUGUUUAGCUCACUUUAUCAUGGGCAGCGCUUUCAUCGCCUAUGGAAUUAUGCUUACUAUCCUACUCCUUGUCGGCCAGUUUUGGCUACGCCGCAGCGGCCGAAGCCAGGAGUUCUUCGACUCGUUAAUUAUUGCCGCUUGGGGAUGUGUCAAUACUUUUACGGAACAUCGAUGGGGAAGUGAAUGGGGCCAUAAUGACCUGCAGCACACCACUAUGGGAAUUGUCUGGUGGUGUGCUGGCCUUUUGGGCAUGUGGUUAAGUCGCAAACGCAAUGGUCGACCCAGACGGAAUUUGGUCCCAGCUACUGUCAUUCUUCUGACUGGCUAUGCCAUGUCCGCACAUCCACAGUUCUUGGAAAUCAGUACAAUGAUUCACACUAUCUUUGGUUAUACACUGAUGGCGGCCGGUGUGACUAGGAUUAUUGAGAUCUCCUUUGUCUUAAAGGAUCGAAGCACGUUGAGCUUGGAUGGCUCGGACCCCAAUAGUUUUCAGUACCUACCACCAUUCCUCUUGUAUGCUUCGGGCAUCCUUUUCAUGGGUGCCACAGAAGAGCAAAUGCAACUUUUGCACGACGCAGGAAUCACACACGUAUCGUACAUUUUGAUCUUGUAUAGCAUCGCCUUCAUUCUCUUUCUUUUCGUCAAUAUUCUCCUCCACAUAUAUGCCGUACACGCAUGGCCUGAGUCUGCGAAGGCAUCCCCCGCUCGCUCUUCUAGUGAGGAAGAAGCAGCUCAAGACAGAUCUCGUGCAAACGGAGGCUUCAUCAAUAACCACGCUCGAUCAAAUUCCGAAUCGCAGCACAUACAUGACGCGGAGGCCUACGAGCUAGAGGGCCUUAUUUCUGAUGAGGAAGACGACGGCAAAGCAGAUGGCGAUGAUCAGCUCAUGGGUCCUAAAAGGGCCACAGAUGAGGAAAGUUCUCCUUUAGUUGGAAAAGAGACUAGAAGGGGCUCGUAGCACAAUCUUCAAUUUUUCUUUCUAUUCCUUUCCCUUGACAUCCUACUUUUAUUGCGGUCUAAGAGACUGGCGCAUAUAAUAACAUCUUCAAAGUCUUGAGCGGCAAAAGUCUCUCCAAAAAGUCUCCUAGUCUGUUCCAUCUACGGGAGUCAAAUCUCUCUUUUCAAUUUUCUUCCUUUUUUUCGAGCAUUUCCUGAUGGGCAUCGGUUGAAAAUACAGCUUGCGUUUGCAAGUUUUGUCUAUCUUCGAAGCUUUGAACUUUCCUUUUUUGACUUAUUUCGGCCUAGAUCUUUAACACCAACAGGUACCUUAUGUGUAUCGACACUAUCUGCUACAUUGUUGCCAUGUUUAAUUAAGAGAGGCAUGUCGUAUAAACAAGGAAAUAACACAAGUUUACCCGGU